UCGAUCUGUUUCGUGUUGACCGCACCCCGACGGCCCGACCCCCAUCCACCUCGGAAGCGGUCAGCCGGCGAUGGCGGAGGCGGCGACGGGGGCGGUGCGGGUGGAGAAGUUGCGGGGGAGGUCGGCGCUGACCCGCUGCUUCGCCAGGUACCCGCUCAAGCUCAUCGCCCCCUCCAAGGUGGGCCCCGCCUCCUGCGACGCCGUCUGGCUCUACGCCCUCACCUACGGCGGCGGCAUCGUCUCCGGGGACACCAUCUCGUGCACGGUCAGCGUCGGCGACGGCUGCACGGCGGCGAUCACCACGCAGGCCUCUACCAAGGUGUACAAGGCUGUGGGUUCAAAAUGUUCCGAGCAGUUGCUAGAGGCCCGUGUUGGAGAAGAUGCCUUUCUUGCUGUUAUUCCUGACCCUGUAACCUGCUUCUCAACUGCUCGAUACCACCAAAAGCAAGUUUUUCAAGUCUCUGCCAAUUCAAACUUGGUAAUUGUAGAUUGGUUUACAAGUGGUCGUUAUGAGUGUGGAGAAAAAUGGGAUUUUAGCUUGUACAAAAGUGUCAACCAUAUUUUCCUCGGAGAUCUUCCUCUCUUUAUCGACUCGGUUCUGUUGGAACAAGGCUCAAAUUGGAGCCUUGCUGAGCAGAUGCAGGAAUACAAUGUGAUCGCAAUGGUUGUAUUACUAGGGCCAAAGCUGAAGACCAUGCAAGAACAGAUGCAAGCUGAAGUCCGAAAGCUGAUGUCUGGGCAACUGCGCCCGCCCACAUCCGGUGGUAGCCUCUACGCGAUGAGAUCACAACCACCACCGCAGCGCCCCCAAAGGCCCCCGCUCAUCGCCUCCUGUAGCCCAUUCGGUCGCACGAGAACAGGCAUGGUUGCUCGGGUAGCCGCGGUGAGCACUGAGCUCGUGUACAGCUUCCUGAGACACCAUCUGGCUGCACUGGAGCCGUUCCUUGGUGCUUCCCCUUAUGCUGCGUCAUGAAGUUUACACAGCCAAUUGAUGAGUCAUACUAAAAAAUAGUGACUUAUAAGUCAUGUAUGUUUGAUUGUAGGUAACUUAUAAAUUCACCUAUAAGUUUGUAAUGAAAAGGUUGGAAUUCGUUGGGAGAACAAAACGUGGUAUCUGGUCCUGACACCGGAGUAUAUCAGAACAGAACCUUGUGGCGCCAA